AAUGGAAUUCUUUUAUAACAAGCAUUUCUCGCUUGGUGAAAACGAUGGCGUAUAGGAGUUAGACUCAAAACGACGCAGUUUGGAUCUUCGUUGCCUUCAAGAACACGUUGAACUAACUAGAUUUCCUGAUAGCGGAAGACGGGACGGCAUUUUCAAUUCAAGCGGAAACACAAAAAUAAAAAAAUUCCCCAAAUUAGUUUGAGUCCAUCUCAUUUCUCAAUUCAAUUUGUCGACAAAAUAUUGUUUGAAUCCAUCAAAGUAAUACUAGUUAGUUUUAUUAAUUUCAUCUUCAUGGCUGACGACUCGAAGAAAUCUGAAUCUGAAGUGAAGCCCGAAGCCGAAGAAACUACCACCGCCGAGGCACAGAAGUUAUCUCCGGUGAAAGAGGCCGGCGGCGGUGGCGGAUGGGGCGGAUGGGGAUUUUCGCUUUCGUAUCUCUCGGAUCUUCAAAAAGCUGCUGCUGAGGCCGCUGAAGAGAUCUCUCGCAAUGCUGUUGAGGCUGCCAGGACAGCAGCAAAGACCAUUUCAGAGACAGUUGAUGAAGAUUCAGAAUCUUCCAAGGAGGAUAAUACAGAAGUGUCUGCAGCGGAAGAGGAAACCGAUGAUGAGCAUGAUAAGCAGCGGAAAGAAGCUCUGGAUAAACUAGAGAAAGCCAGCGAAGAAUCCUUCCUUAGCCAAGGUUUGAAGGUUAUUGAUACAUCUGUGGAAACCUUUGCCUCGGGGGCUUGGCAAGCUCUUGGAUCUGCAUGGAAAGGGAUUGAGAAUUCAGCUACAAAUUUAGCUGAUUCAAUUCAACAGGGCGGUCUACCUGGCUCAACUGGUCCAGUUGCACCAUCCUUAUUAGAGACUGGAAAAGCUUUUACUGCUAAAGGUAUGCAUGUGCUAGAGCAAGUUGGAAAGGACACCAUGGAUCUUUUAAUUUCAGAAACUGGGAUCCUAGUUGACAAGAAAUCUGAUGGUAAUGAAGAUGAAGAUCAAUUGUUUGAAGAAAUUUCAUUUGAUAGGUGCUUUUACAUUUAUGGAGGUCCAGAACAGUUGGAGGAGUUGGAGGCACUUUCCAACCACUACGCACUGUUAUACAACCGAAGAAAGGCUAAACUAUCAUCAGAAGAAAAAUCUAUUUAUGAUGGGAAGUUGAAAGAAGUCCAAAGCAUAUUUGACUUAGGCUCUGAACUUGAUGGUAAUGUUAUAUAUUCAGAGAAAGGGAAGGGAAAAGAGGCUGGAAAUGAUGACAGCAUGAAUGAAUUGAAAAGGUUGCAUGAUUCCAGUGUUCGCAAGGCUGCUGAAUUGGCUGCUGGUUUCGCAAGUGCUUUGGCUGGACUGGCUCCAAAUGACAUCAUUCAGCGAACUUCUGGAAGGCUUGAUAAUAUUCACUCAGAGGGUGUCCAUAGGCUUUCUGAAAUUUGCUGUUUUGCGGUAACUCAACUUCUGAUGCUCGGGAAGUCCAUCAUAUCAAAUGCAAACAAAGUUCAAGAUGAAGAUAUUGAGGAGGAGACAGUGAAGAUUGAUUGGCCUGAGGAUUCUAUUGAACGAGCUAAGAUUAUCAGAACAAAGGCACAAUCAGUGACAGAAAACAUGGAAGCGGUCUGCAAUGGUUUCAUUACUGGCAUAUCAGACGUAGCAGAAUCCUAUUCGGCAGCCAUCAAAAGUGCUUCUGCUGAGUCGCAAGGUCUUCUUCCUGAGAAGUCGAUCCAGGAAAAGGCGAGUUUGUUCACUGAUAAUCUCCGAACUGAUCACAGCACAGCAGUGGGUAAAAUGCAGGAUGGACUCCAGUAUUUGACGUAUUUGGUUAUCUCUACCUCAAUGCCUGUUGCUUGAAAGUGAGAAAAAUCUCGCAAAAUGCAUACAGGACAAAGACAUUCCUCUAGUUGUAUCUGUAAAUACUAAUAGUCCCUAAAUCUCAGUUCGAUUCGCCCUGCACCAUUAUGUAGUAACUUCAUUUUACACGUAUCUUGCUGCUGUUGGCGGGCCAUUGCUAUUUCCACUCCCGCUGUUUUAUUCAAGGGAAGAAAAAUACAUCUCAUGACGUUUGCAGUCC